CUCACCUCAAUCCUCAGCCGUGCGUUUCUCCCGUCAACUCUGUCCUCUCCGGCUCCUUUUCCCAGUGUUUAUUGUUUUCCAUAGCAGCGCACCGUUUGCACUCAUCUACACACACACACACACACACACACUCACGCACACACACACACACCGAGACACACACUCACACACACAAACACACACAUACUCACACACACAGAGACACACACUCACACACACACACUCACUGACACACACUCACACUCACACACACUCACACUCACACUGCAUUAAUAGGUAAUAACACAAAGAGAACAUUUUAGUUAUUUAGCUGCUCCACACAGACCGUGAGCAGCUCUGAGGUGUCUGCUCCGUCACGCUGCACGUCUCGGCCUGGCAGGCGUCACAACAACAACGUCACAACAACAACAACGUCACAACAGUUCCAGCUCCGGCUCCUCUUGGGCACUGAGGGGCCAACUUUCCACCCAUCCUCACCCUGGGUGGAAUCUCCACUGCUCCCGGCCCCGGAUCCCCCAGGCUCUGUCUCCGUCUCCAGUGUCAGUUCUCAGCAGUUCUCUCCUCCCGAGGCUGAGACGGGGAGACGGGAGCUGAAAUCCUAGACGGGGAGACGGGAGCCGAACCCCUGACGGGGAGACGGGAGCCGAACCCCUAGACGGGGAGACGGGAGCCGAACCCCUGACGGGGAGACGGGAGCUGAACCCCUAGACGGGGUGACGGGAGCCGAACCCCUGACGGGGAGACGGGAGCUGAACCCCUGACGGGGAGACGGGAGCCGAAAUCCUAGACGGGGAGACGGGAGCCGAACCCCUGACGGGGAGACGGGAGCUGAACUCCUAGACGGGGAGACGGGAGCCGAACCCCUGAGGGGGAGACGGGAGCCGAACCCCUGAGGGGGAGACGGGAGCCGAACCCCUGACGGGGAGACGGGAGCUGAAAUCCUAGACGGGGAGACGGGAGCCGAACUCCUGAGGGGGAGACGGGAGCCGAAAUCCUAGACGGGGAGACGGGAGCCGAAAUCCUAGACGGGGAGACGGGAGCCGAACCCCUGACGGGGAGACGGGAGCCGAACUCCUAGACGGGGAGACGGGAGCCGAACCCCUGACGGGGAGACGGGAGCUGAACCCCUAGACGGGGAGACGGGAGCCGAACCCCUGACGGCGUCAAGUCCAUCGUCCACCGCGCUGGCGCUUGGGCAGGACUCUGUCUGCACUGCCUCUGUCCGUGUCGUGGGCGGCGCUGCCUGUCCCGUGAAUACGGGGUCUGACCACACAGGCCACGCUGUCAACCAGACACGGCCGUGCAGACCCGGCCUCUCAUCCCAGGGCUCCGGAGGCCGAGGCCAGAGGAUUGCCAGUUCAAAGCCUGCCUACGCUACGUAUGAGCUGUCUGAAUGGAGGGUCCUGGAACGGGCAAGUCUGCCUUUGCCCCAACGGCUUCACGGGGAACCUCUGCCAGGACAGAGUUCCCGUGGUGGUCUGCCAGAACGGAGGCACGUGGGACGGGCUCAAGUGCCAGUGUACCAGCCUGUUCUACGGGCCAAGGUGUGAGGACGUGGUGGACAGCAUCGAGAUCGAGCAAACGGUCUCUGCAUCCGUGGAAGUGACCGUGACGGUGACCAGCCAAAACUACAGCGAACAGCUACAGGACCGACAAUCCGAUGAAUUCAAGAAGUUCAAUAAAACAUUCACAGAGCAGAUGGCGAAAAUUUAUGCCGGGAUCCCUGAGUAUGACGGGGUUGUCAUCAAAGGGCUGAGGAAGGGCAGUAUCGUGGUGGAUUAUGACGUCAUCCUGAAGGCCCCGUACACUGAAGGAUACGAAAAUGUGGUAGAGGACAUCCGCAAUAAUGUGAAGGAAAAAAUCCAGAAUGCGACCGCUCAACAAGUACUUGUUGAUAAUAACUGUAGUAAAGAAUUUUUGCUGUGUUUCAACUCAGCUGCCACCAGUGUGCAAAACAUUUCCAUCACUGAAACUCCUGAAGAGGCGUGCCGGAGGCAGGCUGGAGAGGACUUUGCCAAGUAUGUCACCUUGGAAUACAAGGACACUAAGCUGCACUGCAUCACGCCCUGCUCAUCGGGCUACAAAGCCUCCUUGGACUGCCACUAUGGCAAGUGCCAGCUGCAGCGAAGCGGCCCCCAGUGCCUCUGCCUGACCACAGACACUCACUGGUACAGCGGGGAGACCUGCGACUGGGGCAUCCAGAAAAGCCUGGUCUACGGGCUGGUGGGAGCCGGGGCGGCCGUGCUGCUGGUGAUCCUGGUCAUCCUGGGCGUCUUCUCCUUCCGCUUCAGAAGAGAGGCCAACAGGCAAAGGUCCCGAGUGUCUCAGCUGCAGAGGUGGAAUGAGGAGGACGGCCGGGACCCUGGAGCCUUCCACAACGUCGGUUUCAACCACAACGAAGAACAAGAAGACUACGUCCACUUGGGCUCCAUGUACAGCAACUUCGGGGCCACCCUGAGACAUAUAGACCCUGAAAGAAAGAUCCAGAUUCAGAGGCCCCAGGUGGUCAUGACAUCACUGUAAACACUAACCCAAAAGCGGUUUCGCAUGGAUCCAUGGAGCUGAGGGCUGAGGAGAACCCCACUGGGUCAAGCAUGGUGGCACACGCCCUCCAUUGAGAACUCCCCAUGGGGAACUUACUGGGAAAUUGACCCUGUAGUUGGCGAGACUGAAUAAGAGAGAGACAAGAGUGAUGGAAGGUCGAACAGUGUGGAAAGUGCAGUGGGCAUGCCAUGAUGGUGGGCGAUGCCCCCGGAGUCCCAUGUCCAGAGAUGUUCUACUCCUGGCCCGAUUCAGCACCAAGGACAGUGCCGCCGCCACCCCCACCCCCACCCCAUACCCGUUGCUGCUAAAUGAUUGCUUUGACCCUGGGUUGCAUUUUACCAUCUGCAAAACACUCCUCUAAGAAAGAUUGACCCAUCUCCACGGGAAACACUGUUUUUAAUAUAGACUAUGUGUCUUCCCAAGGUCAUACUUAGUUUUGAGUUUCUUUCUGAUACUGGGUAUAAUUAAAGCUUUAUUUUGGUGCAUUCUAAUUAUUCCUAUGUAAAUA